GUUGUUGUGGGAUUCCACUGUGAUCUCGUGCAGCUUGUUGCGCUACGUAGCUAGCUCGUUAGCUUGCUACUUUAUUACUGAACGGGAAACUCACACCUGCAGCCGAGGAGCGGAACAGGGAUUCACAUUAGGCAUCAUGUUGGUCCCCAUAUUUACCCUGAAGCUCAACCACAAGAUUAACCCUCGCAUGGUGACUAUUGGGAAAUUUGAUGGAGUCCACCCGUGUCUAACUGCUGCUACACAGGCCGGAAAGGUUUUCAUCCACAACCCUCAUGCUCGUGGUCAGAGACCCGUGGCCCAUCGCCUGAGCCAGAGCACCCAGGACUCUGACAUCUCGCUGCUCAACAUCAACCAGGCCGUCACUUGUCUGACAGCAGGACAGCUGGGACCCAACACCACUGGGGACACAUUGUUAGUGGGAUCCCAAACCAACCUGCUGGCCUACGAUGUCCAUGACAACACUGAUGUAUUUUACAGAGAGGUUUCCGAUGGGGCUAAUACCAUCGUGUUGGGGAAACUCGGGGACAUCGCGUCUCCUCUUGCAAUCAUUGGAGGGAAUUGUGCCCUGCAAGGCUUUGACUAUGCGGGCAAUGACCACUUCUGGACGGUGACUGGAGAUAACGUCAGAUCUCUGGUGCUCUGCGACUUCACUGGUGAUGGGAAAAACGAGCUCCUGGUUGGAUCUGAGGACUUUGAUAUCCGAGUGUUCAAGGAGGACGAGCUUGUGGCUGAGAUGACUGAGAAUGAGACUGUAACAUCAUUGUGCCAUAUGCACGGCAGCAGGUUUGGCUAUGCCCUCGCUAAUGGCACUGUCGGAGUCUAUGACCGCACCGCCCGCUACUGGAGGAUCAAGUCUAAGAAUCAUGCAAUGAGCAUCCAUGCCUUCGACCUGAAUGCUGAUGGGGUCGUGGAGCUGAUCACUGGAUGGUCAAAUGGAAAGAUCGAUGCUCGUAGCGACCGCACCGGAGAAGUCAUUUUCAAGGACAACCUCUCCUCCUCGGUGGCGGGAGUGGUGGAGGGCGACUACAGGCUGGAUGGACAGCAACAACUCAUCUGCACCUCCAUAGAAGGAGAGGUCCGAGGUUACCUGCCGGCCGGUAAGGACCUGAAAGGGAAUCUCAUGGACUCCAGUGCUGAGCAGGACCUCAUCAGAGACCUCAGCCACCGCAGACAGAAUCUGCUGCUCGAGCUACGGAACUAUGAAGAGAACGCUAAGGGUGUGUCAGAAACAAACAGUGGGAUUGGUGUAAUUCCAGCCAACACUCAGCUCCAGACAGCGCUGUCCGUGAGACCGGCUACAGAGGCCCAGAAGGCUCAUGUUGAGCUCAGCAUUUCAACACCAAACGAAACAAUUAUCCGCGCAGUGCUGAUCUUUGCAGAGGGGAUCUUUGAGGGUGAGAGUCACGUGGUCCACCCCAGUGUCCAGAACCUGUCGGGCUCUGUCAGAGUCCCCAUCGUCCCACCCAAAGACAUCCCAGUGGAUCUGCACAUUAAAGCCUUCGUGGGGGGGAAGACCAGCACUCAGUUCCACGUGUUUGAGAUCACUCGUCAGCUGCCUCGUUUCUCUAUGUACGACAUCAACUUUGACUCUUCAGCCGCUCCGCCCACUGGGAGUGUCACCUUCAGCAUCAGCGAGCGACCACAGAGGGUGGUGAUGUGGCUGAAUCAGAACUUCCUGCUUCCAGAGGGAGUAGAAAAUCCUGAAGUCACCUUUAAUUCACUGAGAGGAGGAGGACUGUUGUCUAUCAGCAUGGCCUCCAAUGGACAGAUCACUCUGCUGACUGAUGACAUCGACCUGGCGGGAGAUCUGGUCCAAUCACUGGCCUCCUUCCUGGCAAUAGAGGACCUGUCAGCAGAGGCAGACUUCCCUGAAUACUUUGAAGAGCUGAGAACUACACUCACUGAGGUGGAUGAGUUCCACUCCGUCCACCAGAAGUUAACUGCAGAGAUGGCCGACCACUCCAACUACAUCAGGAACAUGCUGGUGCAAGCAGAGGAUGCUCGCCUAAUGGGGGACUUGAUCGUGAUGAAGAAGCGCUACAGAGAGCUCUAUGAUCUGAACAGGGAUCUCGUCAACGAGUAUAAGAUCCGCUCCAACAACCACAAUGCUCUACUGGCCUGUCUCAAGUCGGUCAACCUGGGCAUACAGCGGGCAGGUAGACUCCGAGUGGGUAAACCCAAGAACCAAGUGAUCUCCGCCUGCCGAGACGCCAUCAAAAGCAAUAACGUCAACUCGCUGUUCAGGAUCAUGAGAGCUGGCACGGCCUCCUCCUGAGGGCGGCAUGCAGAUCGGAGAGGGACGCUCCUGAGCACAGCUGAUCAGGAAUGUGACGCUGAACUGUUUCCUGCAUUGCACCAGGAAGGAUGAGCCUGAGAAAAGAAAUAUCUGUGGACGUGAAAGCACUGGGAAACACUGUUUUAGCCUUAAUCCAUCUUUUUCCAUGACUUAGUUAUAAUAAGAAUCUGGCAGCAGCAUUGGAACCAGCUGCUCCAAAGUUAAAAAUCUGCAAGGUCAGGAGUCAAAAUGCUGACCACAGACUUAGUGCACUGGUAAAAAUGUCCAUCUCAGUCUGUGGCUGUUUGGAGGAGAAGAUUAUGUUGAGUCUGACUCAGCUGGAGAAGAGUCAACAUCAAUGUGGGAGUGACAGAGAGAGUUCAGCUGGAACCAGAACAGGGAGCGGAGACUUCCACCAAACCGUUUGUCACAAGUACAGGAACCGACCUGAUCAGUGUGAGUGCAGCUGUGCUUUAGAAUAAUAUAUUAUAAUUAAUUUAUCCCAAAGUUUCCAACAUGUUGGAAGAUGUUUCAAAACAAAAAAGUGUCUGACAGCAGCAGUUGAUAAGAAUAAGGAACUUUACAUCAAUGUCGCACAAUCUUUUAUUUAAAGUUAAAAAGUGAAUUAAAGUGUUUAAACCAGAGACUGUAAAUAAAGAUGGACGACCUGUCUCCACUU